CCUUGAGUCAGCUCAGUGACAACAACUAACACUUGGGCUGUGGAUACAUUGACACAAAGAUGGAGUCGUCACUUCCCGAAUGGGUGACAAAAGAAUUUUUUGAGCAGAGUCUCCGUAAAGAAGAAAACAACGACAACAUUGUGGUAACAAACUUGACCACUUCAUCAGCUGUUCCUCCUGGCAACAACUACGGGAGCUUCAUCAUCAGAGUUGAGCUGGAGUGGAGAGUGGGCCAAGAUGAUUCUGUGGUGAAGACUUCAAGAUUCAUUGUCAAAAAUGAACUUACUGAAGGGCCGAUGAAAGAAUUGUCAACAGAAUUCAAUCUGUUGGAACCUUCAUUCUACUAUAACUUUAUACCAAAAGCAAAAGCGUUCUGUGAUGUUAAUUUUGCCGCCAAAAGCUUCUUUUCUCCAAAAUCAACUGUGACAAUACUUGAAGACUUGAAAGAAAAAGGAUUUGUUAUGGCUGAUAGAACAAAGCUGUUAGACUUUGACCACUGCCGCCUCUAUAUGCUUGCAGCGGCUUCAUUUCACUCGGUGUCUGUUGCGGUUUUCAAAAAGCAUCCUGAAUUAUUGCAGCCUAUUAAAAAAGAAAUAAUGUUCUCGAAUGAUUCAAAGGUACGAGACCUGUUUAUAUCCAUGAUUAAUGGUGGGAUGAAGAGGUUUAUCCAAGAAAUGGAGAAAUUGGUUACGAUAAAGGAAUUUCUAGACACAGUAAAAGACAUUACACCGCAUCUAUGGGAUAUUCUAGUUGAAACACACAAACUAAGUGGUGAAGUAAUUAAGACGAUCAAACAAGGAGAUCCAUGGAUAACCAACAUGAUGUUUAGGUACGACAAGAACGACACGGUGUGCGACAUCAAGAUCAUUGACUUCCAGGGGACAUCAUAUGGGUCGCCUAUAUCUGAUUUGACGAUGUUCCUUUGGUCUAGUGCAAAUUUUGAUGUGAAGAGAAACAGAUUGGACGAUUUGUACAGAAUAUAUCUUGACAGUUUUAACGAAAAUCUAAAGCAAUUCGACUGUGAUGAAAGACUAACAUAUGAGCAGAUGAUGGCAGAGGUGAGAAGUUUUAGUCCAUUGGCUCUGUAUAUCUCUAGUUGUUUGCUACCUGGUCUUGUACACCCAGAUCCGAUGGACUUUUCUUGUUUCUUCUCUGAUGAUAAGGAAUCUGAAGUUGACAAAUUCUUUGGAAAAUAUUACAAUGAUGAAUAUUGUGCAAAGUUCCUUCCAAAAGUGUUGGAGUCUUUGGAAAUCAACGGAAUUCUCAACAACCUAGUCAUUUACAGAAAGUAGAGGAGGUUAUCAUUUACAUUUUAAUAUUUUUUAACAUCAAAUUUCAAAUGAAAUUUUUUUUUCAAAAACCAAAAUGACUUUUUAUCAAAUUAAAUAAAAGGCAAUAAAAGUAAAAAUAUUUUUUACUGUAGCUGGUAGAUUUAUACCUCAGUGUCCGUUAAAUGUGUAAUAUUAGAUUUUUUAAUACUGUAUUAUUACUUUAGCCUGACACAGGUAGGAUUAAAAAUUUAUAUACGGUCUGCUUCCAUACUUUUUUAAUACUUUUUCAAGUUGUUAUUUGAUCAUUUUUAAAUUUUACAAUACUCCAUCAAAAUAUAAAUUGGUUGUCCACAGAGAGGUAGCUGUUUGGAUUUAAUAUACUGUAUACCAAAUGCACCAAACAAGCAAGCAAACUUUAAAGUCUAAAUGUACAAAAAACAUGUAAGAAAUAAUCAACAGUGAUUGUGCAGCUAUGGAGUUUUGACGAUUGCAGUAUUUUGAGAUGACCUUGAGAUAAGAUAAACACAAGUCUGACAGAUAGUUAUAGCAUAGCCUUCCUCCUUCCAUUACUCAGUCCAUUAUGGUACUCGAAGGUCACUAAAACUUGUCCACAAUUGUACACCAACUCUGUUAAAAUCCAUGACUUGCACUAUCUCAGUCGCUAACUCAUUGAGUGUUUGAAACACUAAAAACAGAUAAUAGUAAACAAGAGAUAACAGAAACUAACCGUUUAAACAAACUUUCCUCUUCAAACAAUUCAUUUCUUGUGUAAUUCACACAAUAACUUUACUCCAUAAUAUUUCAUCCAUAUAUAAAUCCCAAAGUACGGUAGGCUACUCAUGAACUUUUGAGAAAACUAAAAGUCACACCCCUAAUAUUCGUCAUGACGAGAACCCUUGCGCAAAACUAUCCAUUAUUUCAUAAAGGGCAAUUAAGGUUGUAAUGUUGUAAUUCCUUUCUAAAGGGAACUUUCCACAUACCUAAUGUUAAAAAUACCUCAUCUGUACUUGUUUGUUAUUCUUUCAAUUUAUUACCUUAUUAAAAUCAGGUUUGAUUAUUUGUUUGUAUUCCUGUAUUCUGUUUUGUUUAUUUCAGCUUAACUUAACCAAUCAAUAGUUUUUGUAAUAUAUGUGCCUUAUAACUUGUUCUCAAGUAGUUGUACUCUAUGGGCUGUGCUCCCUACCACUAAUCAUAAGAAUAAAGUUCUUCUAUAUUCAAACAUCAA